AUGGAGACUGAGCGGUACCUUACGUCAGACCAGCUGACAUCUCUGGUUCUCAUGGCUGACAAGAACUCCGGAGGAUUAGUCGACUAUGAAGAAUUUGCAGAACGUUUCAGCGGGUCCCUGUGUCCAAAAUCGGUACCCGGGGGUGUGUUACCAGCUCCAGCAGAAGAAGUUGCUGAUGCUACAGCGGAGGAGAUUCAGGUUGUGUGUGCCAGAACUGACUCCGUCAUGGAAAGUCAUGCUUUCCAAGCAGAUCAUUUGCCUGCCCUGCUGAGCUUGUGGGGAGAAGGUCUGGAUAUCCCCACAUUGGCCGCCGUUAUGGCAUCUUUGCCUUUGGGUCUAUCUCGAAGAGAGGCUGUUUCAAUUCUUGCGGCUUGUGGGAGUGUAGAAGCGCUUGCUGCCAACAUGACACAACUUCGAAGUCAAAAUGUCUGGAAGAGUCAUGUUGAAUGGGCACAGGGAAGCAUCCGUGGAGAUGCGCUGCGGCAAGUGCUGCACCACCAAGUGAUUGAAGCCGAGUCUCGAACGUUGGAGCCUGGUGAUUUUAUGGAGGCAUUGCAAUCCGCUGGAGUGCCACCAGGCAAUAUCCAGAUGGCCAUGUGGUUGGCACAAAAAACGAGCCAAGGAGAUGUCCAAGUGGCUUCCUUUUUGGAGUCCUUCAGCGGAAGUCCUCAAGCUGCCAAGAAGAAGAGAGGACUUCUUUGGCGCAUGAUGGGCCGUUGA